UCAGCUCUGAGAGCUCUGAGAUGAUUCCUGUGACAGCAGCGCGUCCUUGCUUUUCCUCAACUUUUUGUGCGUACAGUACAGUAUUAUCAUCUUUGUCUUCCCAGCUCUUCUCGAAGCCCAGCGGCCCGUUAGUUGCUUCAAGUGUGUAACGGCGGAAGAUACUGCUCUCGUUUUCCUAAAAAAAAAUCCACCACUCUUGUUCGAGCGAGACCGCUGAGAAUUCUUGCGCUCAGAUAGCCCGGAAUACAUCAUCUUCGGGGAAGUUCAAGCCUGUGUUCAUCGCGACCAACAAUGGCGAAGAAGAAGGAAGAGAAGAAGGCCGCACCGGUCAAGGGCGACGAAGCCUCGGACAUUGUAAUGAAAUACCUUCGGAAGCAGAAUAGACCAUAUAGCGCAGUAGAUGUAUUCAACAACCUCAGUGGGGCAGUUGGGAAAACAAACGUUGUAAAAGCACUGACGACGAUGGUAGAAGAGCAACAAAUACACGGGAAACUUUUUGGAAAGCAAUGGGUGUACGUGGCGAAGCAGGAUGAAUUCGAGGUGCCAUCGAAAGAAGAGCUGGAUUCCAUGGAUGUGAAGAUCGCAGAGCUGAAGGAGCGUGUAUUUAUUGCACGAGAUGAGAUCAAACAAGCACAAGCAGAGCUGAGUACCAUCUCAAGCUCUUUGACGACUGAUCAGAUAGAAGCAAAGCUGAAGGCAGUAGAAGCUGAGAAUGAAUCAUAUGAAUCGCGGUUAUCAACUUUACGUUCUGGCGCGGCCGUCAGUAAUAUGAGCGUCGAGGAUCGGGCAAAGCUCGAUCGCGACUUGGACACCAUGCGUAAACACUGGCGGAUUCGAAAGAGGAUGUUUAACGAGAUGUGGGGAACGGUGACCGAGAGCAUCCAGGGGAACCUGGCAGAGUUCAGAGAGACGGUGGGCAUUGAAACCGAUGAGAUGGUAGGGCUCAACAUCAACGAUGACCCACUGAAAAUGUGAUUGCGUUAAUCGCACCGCACUCGCCAGCUGCUACACAAGUGGGACACCAUACGGCGGCGUAUUCCCGUAUCCGUUCGACCUAUUAUGGGACAUAUACCCCGCCAACGAAACUUCCAUUGCCUCUCGAUUUGGUGCCCAGAGCUUCUCGUGUCUUCGCACGAUUGUGGCUAUUGGGCCGACGCCAUGUAGAAACAGUGAGCAUAUGUUCCGCGUGUAGCUUCCACCUCAGUGCUCAACCCCUAGUGUAUAUAUCUGUACUCUGGAGGAGAACGAUGGUCGUUUGGAUGUAUCGUUGUCAAGUUGUCAACGCCGCCGUGAUUUGUCUCCGACGCGAAAUCGCAUGAAUUGUGUCCGAAAUGUCCG